UUCUAGGACAAAUCUAUGUAUAUAAAGUAGGAGAUGUUUAAUGUUUUGGCGUUUAUAUUUUUUUAUUUGUACGAACACUGCAAAGAAGAAACAGGUAUACUUCUUUAUAUCACGUUUGAAAAUGAAUGUUUCGGGAUUACUCCUAUGGCUUCUCUGGGCAUGUGCAGACCGCAGUUACGGUGCUUCCUUAGGUUACCACGACGCUACUGGACUGUAUGGUUAUGCUAGUGACACUUAUGCUUCAGAAGUUCAAGAAGUGCCACAACCAUACGACUUUGGUUAUCAAGUAAAAGACGAUUAUGGAAAUUCACAGUCGAGACAGGAAGCUGGCGACGAUUACGGGAACAAAGUAGGUUCCUAUAGCUACAGGGAUGCGUACGGCAUUUAUCGCAAGGUAGAGUACGUAGCGGAUGCUGACGGUUUCAGAGCUAAAAUCAAGACCAACGAGCCAGGCACAUCUAACGACUCCCCAGCCGAUGUGAGCAUCGUAGCUGAGGAACCUGUUGCAACGUAUCAAACAACUGCUCAAGAUAUCAGCGAAUCUCGCCCAUACCAAUACGACAGCUUUCCAGUUGUAGUUAACCCUUACGCUUCAGUUAGAAGAUCUUAUAUCACCCGUAUCAGACCAACUCAGUUGGAUCACCCACAGGAACCAAUUUAUACCAUUGCCCAAGACGUACCUUAUACACCAGAAACCGGUGUGGUCUUUCCAAAUUCAGUAGCUGUUCCUGACGGCCACCACGUUCUUCGGCCCGUCCACACCACAGGAAGUAAUAAUAUUUUUAUACAGACACCGCAAUACUUUCCGAACGUAGCAGGUCAAGAACAGGUUUUUGAGUCUCGCCUGUACGAGAAGCCUCUUCAGACGUUCGAACCCGAUUAUGGUUCGAAAUAUAACGAUCUCAAUGUAUACGCAGCUGAAAUUCAAGAAAGAAAAACCAAAUUACCGACAUAUCAGGACAAAUAACCAUUACAUUUUUUUACCCGAGUUUUUACGAAUUUGGCGUUUUGGAAUCAAGAAAUAUAUGUUUGUUAAACAAAAUUAAUUUUUACUUACUAUUUUGUCCUUAUAUGAGGAAUUUGGAAUUUGUCAAGAUUUCUGCUACUUCGUAAACUUUGCAUUUUAAGAACUUUAAUGUACUAACUCAUAAAUUUUGUCUAUGUUAGAUAUCCUGAUGUAUUUACGGUGUCUUUAAGAUAAUAUGUUAUUCUUUUUUCAUUUCUAAAAUGCACCAACUAUUAUUGAUGUAAUGUUUUUUUGUAACCCAGAAAGGUUUGAAAAACUCAUUUGAUAAGUGUAGUGAUUAUGUUGUACGGUAUUAA